UUACCAUCAUCCUGAAUUUGAUCAUAAUGUCGCUGUCAUUCAGUUUGGAAGGGACGUCAAAUACCUACAUUAUUUCUCUAACGACUACUUGUCUUUAAAGCACGUUUUAGAAGGUGUUACUUGUGAAGGACCAUCAACAAUUAUGGAGGGAUUAACCUUGUCAAUUUCUGCCCUGGAUGAUGGAAAUCGAUCAACCAAUGUUGGACCAUUCACCAAUAGGGCUAGAGUGGUUUUCAUUUCGAAUGGCAGUACGAAGACUGGUAAUCAUUUAGACGAAGAAGAUGGAUAUUUAACCGCUAGCUCUAGAAGAGAAAAGACAAAAGUGCAUAUCUUAAACCUCGCCAAGAAAAUAGGAAAUGCAAAUCCAAUUGUCUGUAUCCCUGUCGGAAAAGAGCCAGAUGUUUGUUUACUUGGAGGAGUUGCGUAUGGGUCCAAAGGCGGAAAACUCCUACAUCACAAAGAAGCCAAGCAGUAUGCAAGAUAUACUUUAAAUAUGUUAGUUGCCGGAGAAAUUAUGGGCAGAAUUCCCCCGUCUGAAUAUACAAUAGAUGAUAUAAAGACAGCUGUCAUUGAUGGAAGAAAACAACAUGAUUUCAAAGAAAAGGAUCUGGAAGACGUGUUUGAAAUUCUGAAGAACAGACACGCUUAUGAUAUGAAUGUGUACCCGGAUGAAGAAUCAAUGGAGGAAUGUGAGUACCGUGGGCGCGAUAGUCGACUUCCGCCUCCUGGAACACGUGUUCGAAGAGGACCUAAUUGGCAUUAUAAUGAUCAGGACUCAAACGGUCCGGGAACAAUAAUUGGGCAUUGGACUCGAGAUGCCUGGGUUUAUGUUGAAUGGGAUACUGGAAUGAAAUUUCCAUAUGAGUAUGACACUGAAAAUGUCGAUUCAGGAGAUAUUGUCAUCACUAUGAACCUAGGUUAUUACAAAGAGAAAAUAUUGCAGUUGGAUGUCUUGUUCAGAGAGGUCCUGAUUGGAAAUGGAAAAACCAAGAUGGUGGUCCUGGAAAUAUUGGGGCGGUGUAUAGAGUCAAGGAAAACGUUGUCUAUGUACGAUGGGAAAAUGGAAAUAAAAGCAAUUACAGAUUUGGUUAUAAUGGCAAAACAGAUGUUGUCGUUUGUGAUCCAUUUGACGAAAGCAUGGUAACCAGUAUGUCAUGUGUGGUAUUUACAAAAGGAAAAAAAGGAUAACAAACGCUCAAAGUCCUUAUAUAAUUAUAUAUUGAUUUAUAUACUUUGAUGAAGAUUUUUUUCAUCGUUCAAAGUCCGAUUUUCAAUUUAAAUGAAAGCAAUUGAAACAAGCAGAAAAUUUCAAAGUAAUAAAAAUACAAUUCAUUUAUCGCAGAAUAUUACAUGUAUUUAUCAGUCCAAUGACUGUAAAAAUGCUUGGAAAAAGAUUAAGAUACUAAAAGUUUAUAAACAAAGGGAUUGGAUACAUCAUAAGAAUGAAUUAUUUGAGAAUGCUGUAGUUUUGUGACAGAAAAAUGACAA